AUGUCUUUCCUAUCGUCGGCAACGCCCGCCCUCCGCGCAUCAGUCCGACGCUCUGUCCUCACUCAAUCACCCCGUCUGUUUUCCACAACCUCGGUCCAACAGAAAGGACCCGUCGAAGCCGCCAAAGACGGUCUCAAACAAGUCGACAGGGCCGUGUCGGACGUCGCCGUCGCCGGCAUUGACAAAACAGUCGAGCUCAAAGAAAAGGCAAAGUCGGUCGCCGGGGUCGAGACCGACAAGGCUAAAGGCAAAGCCUCCGAAGUAGCCGGUGAAGCCAAGGGAAAGGCCUACGAACUCAAAGGAGAAGCCAAAGGCAAGGCAGAAGAAGUCAAGAGAAAGGUGUGA